AUGAAUGGCGGCGAUUUGAAGAAGGCUGCUGCCGCUGCUGCUAACGGUGCCGUGGGCAAGAAACGCAGGAAGGCCUCUGAUCUCAAGCCCAUCAUCACCAACGAAGAGUCUGAUCCCUCGGCCAUGUCCAGCACCCAGUCUAUCUCGCCCCUGUCGCGAGCUUCGUCGUCCUCGUCGGAGGAAGAAGUCGACGCUGCGGACGAGGAAGACUCCGAGGACUACUGCAAGGGUGGCUACCACCCCGUCUCCGUGGGCGAGUCCUACAACGGCGGCCGGUACAUCGUCGUCCGCAAGCUGGGCUGGGGCCACUUCUCGACCGUCUGGCUCUCCCGCGAUACAACCACGGGAAAGCACGUCGGUCUCAAGGUCGUGCGCUCAGCUGCCCACUACCCCGAGACCGCCAUAGGCGAGAUCAAGCUGCUCAACCGCAUAAACAGCGCCAACCCCGACCACCGGGGCCGCAAGCAUGUCUUCAGCCUGCUCGACUUGUUGGAGCCCCGUGGUCCCAACGGAGUGCACGUCUGCAUGUUUUUCGAGGUCCUGGGGAAGAACCUGUCGGGCCUCUCCAAGCGUGGGAACCCAAGAGGCAUCCCCAUGCCCCUCGUCAAACAGAUCCCAAAGCAGGUCCUCCUCGGCCUAGACUCCCUGCCCCGGGAUUGCGGCUUCAUCCCCCCCGUUUUCAAGCCUGAAAACUUCUUCAUCGAGGUCGGAGACGUUGAGCAGAUCGUCAAUUCGUGCGUCAAGGACGAAGAGAAGAAGGUCGAGCCCAGAGACGCCAACAGAAAUGGCAGCCGGAGACGGGGGACUUUCAUCACAGGCAGCCAGCCGCUCCCCAGCCCGUUCAGCGCCAGCUUCAGGGGCGGGGACCCGUUCCGCAACGUUACCCCCUCCAUGCAGAGCUCUCAUAGCAGCCUCAACCAGGUCCUUGCUGAAUCUCCUCGCAUUAAGGAUUCGGACGCAGCCGCCGACGAAAAACAGAAACAAAGAGAAAAAACUACCGACUUGCUUGAACGCGAAGUCUCAGGAAUCUCCCUUAACAAAGACACAAGCCAGGCCAUGGCUGACGACCAGUUCAAUAUCGAUAUAAUCUCCGUCAAGAUAGCCGAUCUAGGUAACGCCUGCUGGGUCGGACAUCACUUCACAAACGAUAUCCAGACCAGACAGUACCGCUCGCCGGAAGUUAUCCUGGGCGGUAAGUGGGGCGCCAGCACUGAUAUCUGGAGCAUGGCUGCCAUGUCAUUCGAACUUAUCACUGGAGACUACCUCUUCGACCCCCAGACCGGCACCAAGUACGGCAAAGACGACGACCACAUUGCCCAGAUCAUUGAACUCCUGGGUCCUUUCCCCAAAUCUCUCUGUCUAUCCGGAAAAUGGAGCCAAGAAAUCUUCAACCGGAAGGGAGAGCUCCGCAAUAUUCACAGACUACGUCACUGGGCGCUUCCCGACGUCCUCAGAGAGAAGUAUCACUUUUCCGAGGAAGAGAGUAAAGCAGUGUCGGACUUCUUGAUACCUAUGCUUGAACUCAUACCCGAGCGGAGGGCAAACGCCGGCGGGAUGGCUAGCCAUAAGUACCUUGACGGCACUAAAGGAAUGGACCACAUUUCCCUUAACAUUCCUGUUGGCAGUCGAGGAGAAGGCAUCGAGGGCUGGGCAUCCGAGGUCAAGAGGAGGUGA